AUGGUAUGUUUUAAGGCACCUACUACCAACAAGGACAAAUCGAAUGUGAAUGACAUAAUUGACAAAGAUUUACUCGAGAGCUUAACAUCUCAUGACAAGAAUGUGGACGUUUCUCCAGAGUAUGUUGAACCAAACAAAGCAUUGCAACCAGAACUAACUCAGGACGAAAAACAAAAACUGAAGGAAUUAAUUCAUCGCAUUGGUGAGCUACAAAAAGAAUUAGAUCAUCAAAAAGACUAUGAAAAACAUUUGAAAGACUUGGAGAAAAAAAUAACAACACAAACUAAAUAUGUUACCAAACCACCUGUGGCGAUGCAAACUUAUCUACUUGGUAAAGAUGAGUUAAUUACUAAGCAUUUGAACGAUCAACAAACACUUCCCGACUAUUAUGUCUACAAAAUACCAAGACUUUUCUUUUAUGGACAAGAAUCACAAUACAAUGCUAGUUUGAUCGGUCUUCCAACGCAUCAUCAUGAAUUUGAAUUGGUAUUACAAAGAAUCUCAUAUCUGUCGCAGGAAACAGAAUAUGUCAAAUAUAUGUACAAGCGGGAAGCGGCAGAAACUGUACAAUCAGUAAUUAAGAUUAUCAUCAAACCUGAGAAACCGCUUCAAUCAUCCCAAACUUGGCAACAUUAUACAAACUGUUUCAUGCAAAUUUUAAAAGAUAAAAAACAACAGCAUAUCGAACACUUUGAUGAAUACAUAACCAACAAAUCAAAAUUAUUAACAGAUCAAGUAAUCACUGACACAAACUUCAAGCCUCGUCCAGAACUAGAAAAAAACGUAGUUCAUUACAAGAAAUCAAAUUUAUUUACAGAUGAAAUGGAAAAAAUCAAAUAUGAAGCAUUUGUUGAAUUUAUUAAACAGCAGAUUUUUCCAUCACAACAACAAGUCGAUAAAGAACUAUCGAAAGAAUCGAUUAAAGUUUUAAACGAUUUUAUCAAAAAAAAGAAAGAAGAAUUGCGCACAGAACGAAUUUAUGAAGGUUUGAAUGCAAAACAUUUCCAAUUGAUAUCAAAACUAUUACAAAGAAUUACAUUGUACUAUCAUUGUUUUCAAUUACAAUUACCACUGUUUGAAUCAGCUCCGGACUUGCUGAAAAAAAUUGAUGAGAAUACAGUUAUUGCAAUUUCAACAUCGACUGGGUCGGGUAAAUCAACCCUUUUACCAGCUUUACUGAUUGCUGAAGGUUAUGACAGAGUACUAGUCACACAACCGCGACGUCUACCCUGUACAUCGAUUUGUGACCGUGUGAAUAGCACAAUGACUUCAAAUGAAGAUUCAGAGCGAAUAGCCGGUUGGGCUGUUAGUGGUGAUGAACAUGAUAUUAAAUCUCCAAUUCUAUACUUAACUGAUGGUCUUCUAAAAGAGCAACUCUUGCAUGAUGAAGAUCUAAUUACGGAUCAAACAAAACUCAAUAAAUCGAUCGUCUUCUUCUUGGACGAAAUUCAUGAACGGUCUAUUAAUAUUGAUCUUUGUCUAGCUUUGUUAGUUCGUUUGCUUACUAAAAAACCAUAUCUACAAUCGAAAAUGAAACUCGUCAUUUCCUCUGCAACACUAGAUUCAUCUGUACCGGCAUUAUUUUUACAAAAGAUUAAGAUGCUUAGAUUCGGAGAAUUUAAAAUGCCAAAACUAGGUACGCUUUAUCCGGUAAAGAAGCAUAAGCGACCUAAUGACAAUCUAAUCACUUUGGUACAGGAACUGAAUAAGAAGCGGCAACGAAACGAACAGAUCUUAUGUUUUGUCAGUUCCACCGCCGAAGCACUUCGUGGACCUCGUCUAUUGCAAGAGGUCAGUUCUGGCGCUAUUAUUGCAUACUCACUUAUCCAAUCACAAUCUGCUACUGAACAACAGAUGAACAUCGAACACGGUAGUAUCUUUUUUUCAACUACCGUGGCUGAAACCUCGCUGACAUUUCCUUCUCUCCGAUAUGUGAUUGAUACCGGCAUGGUUAAAAUACCGAAGUACGAUUUGAAGAUGAAACAAACAGUGUUGGAAAAAGUCCGAGUCGCUGAAUCAACAAUAAAACAACGUCUAGGACGUUUAGGACGAACUCAGCCGGGUGAUUAUUAUGCAUUAUACGAUUUCAAAGUUGAUGAAAAGAAAUUUCCUACUGCACAAAUAUGCCAGUCUGAAUUGACUACUAUUGAAUUAUCAUUAAGAAAGUCACCAGCACAAGAGGAUCUCAACAAGAUAAAGAAGUUCUUACCCGAUGAACCACCACAAGCAGCAAUUGAUAUGGCUUUGGCGAAAUUAAGACGAGUCGGUGUGGUUAGUCCUGCUCCGGAUGAGAGUUUUACGAAAGAUGGCGAUGGCAUCGCGAAAUUACCUGACUUGGGCUCGGUGGAAAUGUCGAAAGCUGUUUUUUCUGCUCUCACUCGGUAUAAAUGUGGUCGAGAUCUGAUCGCUAUUGCGUCUGUUUUGGGCGUUUUGAACACCUCUGAUGUGCUCAGUACGUUACCAAAGCGCUACAAAUCUACCGACGGUGAUUUUAUGACUCUUUUGAAUGUGAUGAACGAAGUUUUAGAGGCAGAAAAGUCGAUGGGACCUCGGCAAUUUAAACUACAACAGUUUUGUCAGCAAAAAGGCUUAGAAAAAGCCUACCAAACUCUGAACCAAGCGUGCAGACGUUAUAAAACUCUCGAGAAAUCAUUUAGUAUGUCUAAGGACUACCGAAAUCAGGCACAAAUUCAAAGUGGCAAGUGGGAAUCAAUAGCCAAAGCGUUGUUAGAGGGCUAUUCCGACAAUGUUUUUGUUUCUCUCAAAGAAUUGCAGCUUAGAAAACAUCAGUACACUUGCUAUCAGUCGUCCGAACCUGACAUUGAAGUAGCGGUUUUAGAUUCGCAUUCGACACUGAAUCGGUCAAUUAAUUCAGCUCCAGUUUCUUUGAUUGUGACUCGUGAUAUUCUCCGUACAUCAUCUGUGCGAGCCAAGGCUAUUUUAUCGUUCGUUGGUGAAAUCAAACCUUCAUGGAUCCAAUAUGAAGUCGAGCGAAAAAUCAAAUUGAAUGAUACAGAACAGGAAAAGUUAAAUACAGAAAAUAUUUUAUCUACCGCUAAGCGAAUUUUUCCGGACGCACAUGUUGAACUGAAUCAUAAUGUGUUAUCUAUCAAUGGAUCGUCGGGAUCUGUUUUAAAGUUCGAACUUUUUGUUUUACAGAAGCUUGUGGAAGACAUGGUAUUUUCUUUGUCAAGUCAUGCUCCUCCGAACAGCGAAGCACAUGAGACAUUCCAACGAAACACACAGGGUAUUCUGAAAAUGCUUCAUAUAUUUAAUCCAAUGAAAUGGCGAUGGGAAAAUGAAGCCCAAGUGAAAAUAAAUGUUGAGCAGAGUCCGACGGAUCAGUUGAAAAUAACUGUGUCAGGGCGAAAUUCAAACAAUCGUUUAGUACGCGAAGAAUUCCUCGAGUUGUCUGUUUGGCUCCGAAACUGUGUCGUUAUUCGAACACCAAAUUCCGGUUUACCUCCAAGACUAUUAAUACCUCAAGUUCGCCACAGAUAUCUUGAUAUUGAAGAAAGAAUUUCUCAUGUAACAGACAGUAAGCGUACCACUAUCGAUCUUUGGAACGGACUAGAAGGACCAAAGGCUACGCGCGAAACGCGUAUGGAAGUCGUCGCAUGGUUUGCUGUUUGUCAGUUUGGGUGUAAAUUAGAAGGUGGCUUUGUUCGUGACUGGAUUGUAGGUCACUACAUUCAAAGGCCAGAGGGACAACACGCUGAUCCGUCCACAUGGAUUUCUCGCACACCUAAUGCGGCAGGAGUACAAGUACCUAUUUUAAACAAUGCAGUGACUCCGGCUGAUUUGGAUUGUCAUUUAUCUGCAUUUAAAUAUUUCGAUAUCGACAAAUUUUUAGAUGCCAUGCACAAAUAUCAAAUUGAAUGUGAAGUUACCCGUGAACAAUGGAGAUAUAUACUGCUGUUUGACGAGCACGCCAAAACUGGGCCAUUCAUGAUGGACUUGAUAGAGCCACAUGUGGCACUAACUCACGAUCGUGUAGAUUUCGAUGUGAAUAAUCUAUCACUUGAAAAAGAUUAUACCAAAGAACUGGGUAUGCGAGUGGACAUAGAAAAUGUACCCUAUUCAAUCGAAUUGGAAACCAUCGUCGAUCGUAUUCGUCGUAAAGAGCUAAAAAUUCUCCGUCCAAGUGAUGACCUCCUUGAAAAACGACUCAAAAAAAUGGUAAAUGUUCGUCAUUGGUCUGUGAAAGAUCCGUCUGUGUAUGUUAUUCCAAAGCCACCAAACAAAUAUUUAGUAGCUCUUGCUCCAAUACCACCAUCAUCGGAUCUCUAUAAGGAUCUUGUGAAGCAAUUGCAAGUCAUUCCUAAUAUACAAAUAAUAAAAAUGGAAAUAAUCAGAAAUCCUGGAACAGAAGAUCUUUACCUUGGAAUGAAAAAACUGAUUCAAAAACAGUUGAAGGAUGGAAAUGUGAAUGAAAAAGAAUUAUUUCAUGGAACAACAGGCAAAGGAAUUGAUGGCAUUCGAGAUUACGGCUACGAUAAUCGAUAUUAUGGAGCAAAUACUGCAAAAGGAGACUGGGGUCAUGGAACAUAUUUUUCUACUAAUCCAGGCUCACAUUCUCAUUUACACACAGCACCAAAUGAUCAAGAUCAAUCACGUGUCUUGUACUAUAACAAAGUAUUACUGGGCAGAAUAUACGAAAUGAAUAAACUCGACAGAGAACUUCAAUCAGCUCCAGUGAACUUUCAUUCAGUCCAUGGUACACAUCCUGGAAGACCAGACGACGACGAAUACGUUAUUUAUUGGUAUGGACAAGCAUUACCAUAUAUAAAAAUAAUCUAUAAAGCGUGA